AUUUUGAAUGAAGACUCACGAAAGAGUCAACCAAUCACAAAUAACCGAACAUAUGAUCGCACUCUGUGAGUGAAAAUCGUAAAUUUUUUUAAACAUUGUCCGUAACUUACCGAACAAGGUUUUAACUGUGGUUUUGGUACUCAACUUUUUUCUGUGUGAAUACAAGAAAAGUGGCAAAUGUGAAUCUUUAGUUAGUAUAAACAUGUCAUAUCAAGACUCGCCGUUUUCAGCGAUGUACGAUCGGCAGGAUGAUUAUGACCUUGAUGACGACAAUGAGGAAUAUAUAGACGAAGACAGAGAUGCCGAGGAACAAGAUGAAAGCGAUGAAGAUACCGAGGAGGCUAGCGAGACAGACAUGGGAAAAUCGGAAGAGUAUACGGAAAUUAAAGAACAAAUGUAUCAGGACAAGUUAGCAAGUUUGAAAAAACAGCUACAGCAGUUAAAGGAUGGCACACACCCGGAGUACAAUCGCAAAUUAAAGCGAGUAGAAUCACAGUAUAAGGAGCGAUUAAGACUGAAUGCAAUUCAUCGAGACUACUUAAUGGAAUGGGUCGAACGCGAUUACAUAUUAGAAAAGAAGGCGGCAGCAAAGGAAUUUGAAGAGAAGAAAAUUGACCUUAAAGAAAAUCUGCUCACUGAUAUGGAAGAAAAGAGAAAAAUGAUUGAAUCUGACCGCCAUACGAUGGAACUUACUGGUGACUCAAUGGAGGUAAAACCAGUAAUGACAAGAAAGUUACGUAGGCGUCCUAAUGAUCCAGUACCUGAAAAAGUAGAAAAACGUCGGAAACCGCCUCCGGCCCAAUUGAACUAUCUCCUGGAUGAAAAAGAGAUAGAACAUGACCUAAAAGCGAUCAAUCGUGCAAAAACGCAGACGACUGUUCGCAAACCAGUGGUCUUGCCACAUUACAAUACAGUAAAUAUGCCAUCUCAACAUAUACCACAGCCAUCCGAACCUCCGUUAGUAGAAACUAGAAUAGAGGACGGGAAAUUGUCGUACGAACGGCGAUGGUUCCACCGUGGUCAACCGGUUUAUGUUGAAGGCAAGGAUGUUAACAGAUUCGCGGCGAAUAUUUCGGCAAUUGGCACCGAAGCGAUUUGGGUGAAGAAGGUUUCGGAUGGUAGCAAAGUACGUAUUUAUACGUCUCAGUUGAGUCGUGGGAAGAUCUCUAUCAAACGACGAGCUUCUUAAUCGACUCUUCCUCACUUGUUUG